CAUGCGUUGCAUAUUUUUCGAAGAAAGCGACAAACUACUUUCACUCAGUGAUUUAAAUUGGGUACACCAACACCAUCCUCAGAGCUCUUGAAUUGUCGUCUCGUAUCUGCAAGUGUGUAACAAAUUUGACACGUGUCAAUUACAUAUGCACAUUACAUAUUUGACUGAAAAUUACUUUAUUGUGAAUAACAAGUGCAGCCCAAAAAUUUAACUUCUUGGAUAACAAGCCCCAAGACGUACAAUUGUAUUGUGACAAUACCUAUAUUUUUCCAAACAAUUCACAACACCCAAUUCAAUCAAUUCUAUCCUGGACUUCCACUUAUCGCAAAAUCAAUAAUGUACUUCGUUCUGUGCAAAAUUGAUAUUCGUGUUUUAGUGACCAAUGUGACCUUGGUACAUAACUGACAAAAGAAAAACUUUUGCAAAACCGUAUAAAAUUUAGUUCGAAUCGACCUGAAUGACUUUGAUGUUGACGCUGUAAUUUACUGCUCUAAUUUCCUCACUUUCACCCACCCCAUUUCAUGAAUUGGUUUCAUGAUGGGUUUGUCCCAGGAACGGUUGAGCAAACAGACCAAAUUUGCCUCGUGGUGAGACUAUAUAGAACAUACAGAUACAUGCAUAUGUACGCAAUCGUUCAUACGCAAAUUCAUAUAUGCACACGUGUAUGUUCAUGAUUCAUGAAUAACGGAGCGUUACACAGGAACUGUAUGACAGGUGAUAACUGAACGUAAGAGUUUCCGGCGAAAGUUGAGACGACUUUCUAUAAAAUGAUGCCUGAUGGUGGUUGACUAGGAUAAAAAUAAAAUUAUUACUAUAUUGCAUACAUUAUUAACAUUCGUGCAUCUGUACUGAACAGUCGGGGUUGUUCCAAACCUGGUGUCUAGAUAAUUCGGUUCGUGUACCACGCCACAUAAACAUACAAUUUGCAUAACGGUAUAUAUCUACGAAAGAAUUGCGUUUGUUAUGACUAACUUGAUAAUUACUUAACCUUCAACUUGAGAACCUCCUUCCUUCGCCCGAGCUACUACUGCAUACGAUCACAACUGAACAGGGCAGCACAUUAGUGAAUAUCUAGUUGUUCAUGUCAUGGGUCGCCGGGGAAUGGUUACGAUUGGAAUCGCUGUGCAAGCUGAAACUUUCUCCGACUCUAACAACCCUUCCCCAGUUCCUCCAAACUUAUUGGAUCCAACUUCGGCAUUUUCUACCAAGUCUGCAAUUUAUUUACCACCACCAAAAGACGGUCGUCCGCAAACCUUUAGAAUCACUUUUACUUACAACAAAGAAAAGAACUUGCCUGAAAUUAUUGUCAACUUGGACGGUGAGGAGAACGAAGACAAAUAUUUGGAGUUGAAAGAGUUAUGCCGUGGAAAUUGUGCUACGACGGACGUUGAAGAACCACAGCAAGACUCAAACAGCAAAACCAACAAGAAGGAGAACGAGAACGGAGUCAGCGUUUACCAUUUUAACGAAAUAAAAAUGGAUUAUGAGAAAAGUGUUCGCUCUGAAGAAGAUGCACAAAAUCACAACAAUUUUGCAAGGGAUGAUGGCGAAAGUCGACAAGAAUAUCUGAAUCAUGAUGUUGUUGGUGAGGAGGCAAAUGGUCCAAAGCAGAGGGACAACAAUGUUAAAACAAGUAGUUGUUCCCCAAAGACUGAAAAGAUUGCGACUGAAACUACACAAGAAGAUGUUGGCAAACGAAAAAAGGUCAAAAUGAACAAGGGCCACCGAGAUGGUCCAUCUCGUAGUCCAGACGUGGUCAGAACGCUGAGUCCCACAAAAGAAAAGUCUAAAAUUCCAGUGAUUAAUUCUGCGGCGUGCAGCUCGACUACGGGAUUCAUGCCAUCUUGCAACUACUACAGGCAGAAAUUGCUACAAGAUAUCGGGUGCACGGACUUUACAAGUGCAUGCUGGACACCACACUAUUACAAUUCAAUUCAAAAGACGGCAGGACAAAAGGUUGUGCAUAAACUUGCUGUACAGCAGAAACACCUCCAGGAACAAGCUGCUGCCCAAAAAAAGAGAACAGAAUUUGUAUUUCAUGAAGACCUUGGGUUUUGUGAAGUUCCUGUGAAAAUUCCCUUAAAGAAAAAACAAACAAGACUUGAACCACUACAAACUGUUCCGAGCUGUUACUAACGUAAAAAUUACUUGUUAGCCGGCCGUCGUAUUUAUGUACUACUUGUUCAUUUUUAUUAUUGAUUGUUUUGAAAGCAAAAGUGAAAGGCCAUUUUGAGAUUUUUUUUACUAUGCAUCAACAUGAAAUACUCUCUUAUCCACAUAUUUGUUAUCAAUUUUAAGAAGCUUCAUUUCCAUUUAAUUACUCACCAAAAUAAUUCAAUUAGCACAUCAUUUUUCAGAUUUUCACUACUGGCUGUUUAUGGUGAAAAGGACACGUACAUAUAUCCCGGAAUUGGACAUAAUAUAGAACAAUAUAAUUAUCUAUAAUUUAAAAUGAAUGAAACAAUGUAUGUUAUAAUAGCUAACAAUACACAGCU